AUUUAUUUAGUUCUGUGUUGGCAACAAGUGAUAAUGAAAUAUUAUGGAAAUUGAACAUCGGCUACUUUCGUGUGAAUUGUUCUAAGUCCAAUAAAUGUUUUAUCUUGGUUAUGAUAAAUUGUUAUUAGAUUUUUCAAUUACUUGAGUAAAAAUAAAGUAUUAUUAUUGUUGGUGAUAAUUUUGAUCGUUCAUUAUAUUCAUCGUGAAAAAUGGAUUCACAGCCAACUCUACAAAUUGUGUGCCAAGCUAUCUAUUCUUUAUAUCACAAUCCUGACAGUAAUGAGAAAGAAAAAGCGUCCACUUAUUUAGGUGAUCUUCAGAGAUCUGUCUUUGCUUGGAAAAUAGCUGAUGAGCUUCUUCAGCAAAGAGGAGAUCUCGAAUCCUGUUAUUUUGCAGCUCAGACUAUGAGGACAAAGAUACAGUUUUCCUUUCACGAGUUGCCAGCAGAAUCGCACAUUUCUCUCAGAGAUUCACUUCUAAAUCAUAUUAGCCAUAUUACAUCAGAAACAUCAACAGUCAUCGUCACUCAACUUUGCUUGGCUUUAGCUGAUCUUGCUCUUCAAAUGUCUUCAUGGAAAAAUCCAGUUGAAGAUUUGGUUUCAAGGUAUGGGCAUGAUGCUCAACAAAUAUCAACCCUAUUAGAAAUUCUCACUGUUUUACCAGAAGAGAUAAAUAGUAGGCAUCUAAGGCUGGGCGGAAAUAGGAGAAAUCAAGUUAUUGAAAAUUUUUCACUAGUAUCCUCCCAGGUUUUACAGUUACUGAGUUCAUAUGCACAGUCCAUGAGUCAGAAUGAUCCAGCAAUUUUAAAGAAAGUGUUUCGAUGUUUAGGUAGCUGGUUUACUGUAAAAGGUUUACCAACAACUGAGCAAUCGUUGCAUAUUUUAUUAUCAUACAUAUUUCAGGCAUUGGCUAAUGCUGAUACUCCAUCUACUCUUCACAAUGUGGCAAGUGAUGCUUUAUGCAGUGCUCUUGUCAUCGUUGAGGAUAUACAGCCUCAUCAAAUUCUUUCUGCAAUACUAUUUCAAGGCGUGUAUACUUUUGUAGAUGCUUACAAUUUAUCUGUAGCUCAUGAAGAUAUGGAUAAGUCUGUUAACUAUUGUCGAAUAUUUACUGAGCUUGCAGAAUCAUUCCUGGAAGAAAUGGUCUUAUCCCCAAAUGUUGGUUUUGGAAGUUUACAAACUUUAGAUCUUUUAUUAAUGUGUGUUGGCCAUCAUGAUUUUGAGGUGGCUGAAAUAACUUUUAACGUUUGGUAUCGAUUGUCAGAACUGCUCUAUAAGAAAAAUGAUGAUGCUCUAAAUAGGAUAUUUGAACCUUAUAUUCAGAGAUUGAUUAUUGCUCUCUGUAGGCAUUGUCAACUAGACUCGGAUCAUGAAGGAGUACCUGAUGAAAAUGAUGAUUUUAGUGAGUUCCGUCGACGUGUAUCUGACCUUAUUAAAGAUGUUGUAUUUAUAAUAGGCUCUUCAAAUUGUUUCCAACAGAUGUUUGAAAAUCUUUGUUGUCAAGGUAAUUUAGCUUCUUGGGAUGCAUCAGAAGCUUCAUUAUUUAUUAUGGGAGCUGUUGCCAAAAAUAUUGUACCUGAAGAAAAUUGUAUCGUUCCUCAAGUAGUUGAAGCUAUAUUAAAUUUACCUGAAACGUGCCAUGUGGCUGUGAGAUACACAAGUACAUAUCUUCUAGGUGAACUUUGUGAAUGGAUUGAAAAACAUCCUCAAUAUUUAGACCCAGUAUUGAAUUUUUUACUUUUGUCUCUGCAAAAGAAGACAUUAUCUUCCAUUGCUGCUACAGCACUACAAAAUAUCUGUUCUACUUGUAAAAUUCAAAUGGCUGCUCAUCUGAAAGGUUUAUUACAAAUUAUUGAAGCUAUGGAUACUUUUUCAUUAUCAAAUGAUGCAGCUGUUGGGCUAUUGAAAGGAACUGCUCUUAUCCUUGGUCAAUUGCCACACGAUAAAAUUACUGAAGGUUUAAUGGAACUUUGCCAAACUCAAACUUUACCGUUAUCUCUGUUAAUAAAAGAUGAUAAAGAAAAUAUUAAAGAAGGGACAAAAGCAGAUCCUGCCAUCUGGUUAGAUAGAUUAGCUGCAAUAUUUAGAAAUAUAACACCUUCCCUUACAAAUGGGCAGCAACAUCCAUGCCAGCCAGUUGUAGAAAAAAUAUGGCCUCUUUUAUCUGAAACUUGUAGCAAAUAUCAAGCAGAUGUAAGAAUAAUGGAGAGGUGUUGCCGCUGUGUUCGGUUUGUGGUGAGAUGUGUGGGCAAACAGUCAGCUUCACUUUUGGAACCUUUAGUGACACAGAUGGUACAGAUAUAUCAAGUCUAUCAUCAUUCCUGUUUUUUAUAUUUGGGAAGUGUUCUAGUUGAUGAAUAUGCUUCUGAUCCUGGUUGUGUACCAGGAUUAAUAGAUAUGUUACAAGCAUUUUGUGGUCCCACUUUUGCAUUGUUAGAAAAAAUCGAUGGCUUGAGAAGUUAUCCUGACACAGUAGAUGAUUUGUUUCGAUUAUGCACAAGAUUCCUCCAGUGGUGUCCUAUAGCAAUUCUUCAAUGUCCAAUAAUGAAACCAAUUCUCCAGUGUGCUAUUCACGCUAUUACCUUAGACCACAAAGAUGCUAAUACAUCUGUAGCCAAAUUUUUCCAUGAUUUUGUUAAGGGUGCUAGAGUACAGGAAUCUAGUAAGCAAGGAACGCAGGAUGCAACCUCAUUUCACCAAAGAAGAGCCCUGACAAAAGCUCUUCUGAAUGAACAAGGGCAAAAUUUAAUGAAUACACUAAUGCAAGCCUGUAUUUUCAGUCUACCCACUUACAUGUUGUCCAACGUUGCAGAUGUUUUAUAUGAUUUAGUUCUCUAUGAUAAAGAGAUGGUCAAAGUAUGGCUUGAAAGUGCUUUGAGAUUGCUUCCCACCCAAAGCAGUGGUGGCACCAUCACUGCAACUCCUGACCAACUACAAGAAUUCCAUAAAAAUAUUGUCAAUGCUGAGCAUAUGAAGAAUGUGCAGUCAGUAGUUCGUGAAUUUGCUAGGCUGUACAGAUAAUGUUGUGUGAGAUGCAGUCAUGUUUUUACUAGUCACUGUAAUAAGUGAUUGUUUCAAACAAAUGCUCAUAUAUCUUAGUGGUGAUCCAUAAAAAGUUAAAACUCUUACUCUGACUGUGCUUGUAAAUUUUUCUGCACUUCAUGGCUUUAAAAGGAUCAUUGCUAUUUUUCGUUUUUUAUAUAAAAAAAAUACUAUUGGACAGGACAGUGAUUGUGCUUCACGUAAUGAGCUUAUUCAGUUCUUACAACGUCUUCCCAUGUGGAUAUUCAUUAAAUAUGCUCUUUCAUUA